GAUUGCAACAACGCUGGCAGCAAUCGCUUGCUACGCCUUCAAGUACACCCAUACCGCAGUAGUCCUGUCACUUGCUACGCCUCUACCAUACCCAUACCGCAAUACACUCUUCCUGUCAAUUGCUUAUCGCAACCGUGGCCAUCCUGCACCUGGGCUAUCGUUGCUAGCCUGGGUGCACUACUAGCCUGCACAUAACCCAAACCCCGGCUUAUAUGCACUCGUGACUUGCACAGAGUCUUAUUACCAGCACACGACCCAAUAUAUAUAACCCCAAGAUCGACAUCCUUGCCACCCAACGAUGUCGCUCCGUCUCAUCAAGCUCAACUCAGGCUACUCAAUCCCUUCAGUGGGCAUGGGCUGCUACAACCUCCCUCCGGCCCAGACCAGCUCCAUUGUCUACGAGGCAUGUAAGCUCGGCUACCGUCACUUCGAUACGGCUGUUCUCUACCACAACGAGGCAGAGGUGGCCCAGGGGAUUUCCAAGUACCUUCAGGACCAUCCUGGAGCCAAAAGACUGGAGUUUUUCUACACCACUAAGGUAUGGGACCUGCAGCAAGGUACUGCAGGCACCAGGAAAGCCGUAAAAGACAUGGUGGCCAAGAUCGGCAACCUCGAGUACAUCGACUUGUUGUUGCUCCACUCGCCACUUCCGGGAACCAAGAAACGGCUAGAGAGCUACGCAGUGUUACAGGAGGCAGUAGAGGCCGGUCACGUGCGCUCCGUGGGGGUGUCCAACUACGGGCGUCACCAUGUGGAAGAGCUCUUGCAGUGGUCGGGCUUGACACAUCCACCGGCGGUCAACCAGAUCGAAAUCAGUCCCUGGGUGAUGCGCACAGAAUUGGCCCAAUGGUGCUUGGCCCAGGGCAUCCAUGUGGAAGCGUACGCUCCUCUCACCCACGGCAACCGUUUGGCAGCACCUGAGCCUGGGCUGGCGCUCGCAGCCGCGUGCAAAAAGUACGGCAAGUCGCCAGCGCAAGUGUUGGUCAAGUGGUCGCUCAGCAAGGGCUACAUUCCGUUGCCCAAGUCCAAAACGCCUUCCAGAUUGAAGGAAAACUUGGAGGUCAACGACUUCGAGUUGACCCCUGACGAAAUCGCGGGCAUCGACCAGCCAGACUCCUACGAUCCCACCGACUGGGAGUGCACCGACGCCCCAUAGUUGGGCCCCCUAGAACAAUAUGGUUAGGUCUUACAUAGAUGCACUAAUGCACACGGGUGCCAGCGCCGCAUGCAGGCUGCGGCCGUCAUGGAAGCCCACGGCCCGCAUGGAAGCCUUUGUCUGUGCUAGUCUGGCGCAACCUAGAGUCCGACUGAAAAUAUCACUGGUAGUCUGGUUUAGCAGCCGAGCAGCACCCCCUGCCCGCAGUGGGGUUUUGGGCGAUUUGUUUCGUAACUGCCUAGUGCGCUGCACGCCUCGUAUUCAAUUGUAAUUGCAGAUCGCGCUCUAGGACGAGUCCUGUCAGAUGGAGCCGCAACCAAUGGAGCCGCAACCAAUGGAGCCGCAACCAAUGGACCCGCCAGUCGUCCCAGACCCUCUUGGAGUCCCAAAGGACCCCCAGCUGUCGUUUUGAACUUACGCCCCACCUAGUGUUCCAGUUAUAUCCGGAACGGCUCUGACAAUUAAACUACAAGAGGU